GUCACCCCCACAGCUCGGCCUCUGUCUCCACGGCAACGCAGCCGGAUGCACGUGACUACUCGGAACCGGAAGAGCGGAGGACCGCGAAAUUUCAUCUGAAAGCCGUCACCAUGAGAUCUGGAGGCGAGGCCCCCUGCGAUGGGAACACGCUGCUGGAGGCGACCAUCCCGGAGGAAAGCGUGAUCGUGAUCAGCGAUGAUGAAGGCGAUGUGUCCUUGGGGCUGGGGAACUCGGUGCUCCUAAUAGAAGACGCUGGCGAGGAUUCGCUUUUACAAGAGAAGAAGACGCUAGAGGUGUUGGAUGAAGAACUUGCCAUAACCUUCAGCAGAAAGGCUCACGUGAUGCCCCACGCCAGAUAUGAUUGUUCAACGCACCCCUUUCUCCGUUUUGAGGAGGAGACCCAGGUUCCCAUAGAGAAGAACGCCAGCUUCUGCGACGAGUGCUACUGCUACCUGUGUGACAAACCGGCCUCCGAGUGCUCAGAGUGGGUAUCUCCAGGGAACUGCCACUGCAAUGCCCACAACAAGAGCAAAUACUGGAAGGAGCAGAGAGACACCGCCCUGGUUGGAGUGCUGACCAUAUUCAACCUGGACCUCACAGAGAUAGACACUGAGCUUAAGGAUGGCGGAAACCAGUUGCAGCUCUUCUUGUCGGCGUUAUCGCCGGUGUACAGCAAGUACUUAGAGGGCACAAUGUUGAAGUGCGACAGCGUCCAGCGGUGUGGCUGUUUCUGUCAUAAAGAGAAGGUGGCUGCCUACAAUUGUAACGCGUGCGCCUUGAAUCACGUGCCUGUCAAACUUCACAAUUACUCUGAAGUUCAUAAGACGGUGACUGAUAAUUUAAACCAAGUCAAUGAGGAGAGGCCUAAGGCCGCGGCAGUGAUGUUACUUGGCACAGCCAGAGAGCUGGUAUUUCAUAAGGCACUAGCGAAUCUGGUUACCUUGAAUGAUCCACUUGCAAAUAUUAAAGCGUCAUCUGCCAACUUGAUGAGUAGAAUUGUGACCACUCUACAAAGGCUGCUGGUCUUGAAUGAUUACCCAAAGACUCUCUAUGACAAGUUUGUCAGCUUCUUCCAGUCUCUUCCGCUCCCCCCACACUUAUACAGUUUCACAUCCAGCCUGAACGUCAUCCGAUGGGACAACUGGUUACUGACGUCUGUGUUGGCCGGUCAGAACCUGACAGGGACCCGUACAAACAAAGGCAAGAAGGAAUGCCUGUGGGAACCAAUGCCCGUGGUCCAGUCCAGGGUGAAGAAGCUUGAAGACGAGAAGAGUUACAGGCAGUUGGUGCGCUACCUGAAUGCCGUGCGGUGCCCCGAAUACACCAGCCUGAAGAUCCUGAAGCAGAAAUUGUGUUUUUACACGUGUAAAUACGGAGACUUCUUUUUAGCCGCCAAUACUCUCAUGGUAACGAAGCGGAUUGAGGGCAACUACUGCAAGUUCUUUACUCCCCAACUCUUCGAGUUUCACCUCCUCAUGCUGCGAACAAGGAGUUGCCCCCCUGGAAAUGAGCUUGUAAUGUCAGAUGUCUGGGUCCCGAUAAAAAGUUCGCCUUUGAGGAAGGGGACUUUGGUACGGACUGCACUUAAAAUACUUUUCUGUAAUGACCACCUAUUUCACGAGCCAAAGUGCUGGAGCGCUCUUGUCAGAACCUGGUGCACAAGUGAAAUGUUGUCACAUGAAGGAAAGCUGCAGCCACAGUGUGUGUACGAUCCUGACCUAGUGUUUAAGCAGAUGGUGAUGACCAUGUCGUGUACAAUCCUGGACGAGCUCCAGAGGCAAUACAACGUCAUUCUGCCGGAUCGGUUUCAUAAAGCGUAUUGUGGCUCUGCAGAGAUGAUCCUCAUCGUGCAAGCUGUUAUCCGUUUUAUGAUGGCCACGAAUCCCCCUCUGAGAGGCAUGUUGGAGCUUAUUACAGCAUUUGGGCCGAACCACUGGGCCCUGUCACUACUCCUUGAGUGGAUCAGUCCUAUGCCGGAGAUGCUUUUUCAAUUUAUAUCCAGUGCCAAGAAGGAUUUGUUGGAAGAUGAGCAAAGUGUAUUACAAUUAUUUGAAAGACGAGGGAUCAGUUACGUGUCGCAGCUUCUGCCCGUGUUUCUCUUGCACCCGAAUGAAGGCGUGCGGUCAGUCGGCUUUCAUUUUCUUGACGUCAUCUCAAAGAACAGCACAGAUUUACCUUGGUCAGGAAACCUCAGCAACUGCCUGCAGGUGAAAGUUCUCCGUUUGACCCAUACUUUGGUGAAAUUCAGUCCUGUAGAGCACCAAAAAUUGACAGCAUGUAUUGGAAGACUGACUUCAAGAUCCUAACGCCCUGCGAGAGACUCCUAUGGGGUAGAACAAACUGUGAAUAAUAUAAUACCAAAAAAAAAAACUGCAACUUUCAUAGUGGAUUUUUUUACAUUUGCACUUUUCUUGUUGGUUGGCGCCGUUGUUUUUAUACUUGAUGUUCUCGCCUUGUCUUUUUUGCUUCCACCCAUCUUUUCACUGCUUAUGCUGACGCCAUCUAGUGGACACAGAUGAUCAUUACGGAUGCUGGAUGUCUGCGGCUGGCCGGAGUUUAUUAGAAAUAUGGCCCUAACUGUACAGCGGGGAUUAAGAUCAGUAAUUAAUCAUCGCACCAUUCCGAUAAGUCUCACUAACCUUCAUUUAUUUAAGAGUGUCUCUGGCAGACGCGGGAGCUGGCACACAUUCACAUCACACAGGCCGUUUCAGCAUUGAGCACUUGUCAUUUUUACUGUAUUCUGGGCAAAUAAUGUGCGACACGUUCUGCCCGUGUCAGAGGCCUGAAGAAGAUGUAUCAGUAGUUGUCACGGGGUCCGGAAACUUCGCCCACUGAUAUUAGAAAUACACUAUAAUGGCCCCCUUUACAGAGCACCAGUGAGAGAUCCUCCUUUGUCUAAAAAUUCUUGCCUUCCCCAUGAAAGAACAGUGCCGCAGCAUAUUUGAUUAGAACUCUUUUUAUUGUGCUGCCCCUCUGUUGUUCCUCCUGGAAAUGUUUGAAUACACUGUAAGUGGCUUUUGGUAUUCCCUGUGAGCACAGCCGGAUACAGUCCAGUUCUCAGUAGAUUCAUACAUUCUCAGGGUGAGUAACAGAGGACCGUGCAGCAUUGUAAGAAAAGGUCCUCUUAGCCACUGAUUAAAGGGGCUUCUGCCAAGUGAAUGGGGUCCUUUCCCAAUACCACAUUGGCACUAAAAUAUCCAGCAAGUUUUUUUAAUUUAUUUUAGCCCCUACCCCUUGUUCAUUUUCUCAGCCCCCAUAGGCGUGACGUUAACAGCAGAGUUUACAAAUCUUACUACGCAAGAUUAUGGUAUGUCUUUUGAUGCUCUGCAAACCGGCAAUCUGCAAAAUACGGAUACUGGCCAUGUGCCACCUGCGUUAUUUUUUAUUUUUUUUGCAGAUCCAUUGACUUCAAUGGGUUCACAGUCCACAUUUUCCGGACCAGAAUAUGACAUGUUCUAUCCUCUGCGGAAUGGACCUACGGAUGUAGACCGCACACUGAUGUCAUCCAUGUGCUGUCUAUUCCGCAAAAGAUAGAACAUGUCUUAUUCUGGUCUGGAAAAUGCAGAUUGUGGACCCAUUGGAGUCAAUGGGUCUGCAAAAAAAAAAGUGGAUCACUCACGGACAGGAUCUGCGAUUUGCGGACCGCAACAUACAUAGUCGUGUGAAUGUAGCCUAUGUGGAUUCAAAUGUGCAAUUCCACCUUCUCUCUGUGGAGGCAAACUUGUGGUCAGAGGCCUCCUUUAUGACUGCCGCCUGGUCCUUAGUCAGACCCGGAGGACGCCAUGGUCGGAAUAUUCUGCAUUUUUACUCUUCUGGAAGUGAGGAACCAAAUGAGCACGGCUGGAGUCCCGCGGGUCAUCCUGAUAUGCUGAGACCAUUUCCUUACAUAUCUGUGCAGACCUCCUAGUGUCCGACACUGCCAACAGCGGCCAGGACUGAGCGAUUCCGAGCUGUCAGCCGUCCUCCUCCAUCGCAAAACCGGACGUUAUGUUCCUUAUCGGUUCUAAUGGAGAUGUCGUGGCCGGGCGCAGCUAAGGUUGUGCUUACCCUGUGAGGUAGGUUCACGUUGCUCUCUGGUGCAGCCACAUUGAUUUAAUCAGGUCUAGAGUUGCAUCCCGUAUACUGUAGUCGCAUCCAGAGCUGCAUUAUAUAUUUUUUUUUUCUGUAUUUAUUACCCUGCAUUCACUGCUGGUCCAGUGUCUGUAUUGGGGCAUUUACAUCAGACGCUUGUCCAUCAGAGUUUAUAACUAGAUACCGAGUCGAGAAGAAAAUGAAACGGUGAGGUGCCUGUCGGUAUGAAAUUCUAAAUGCUGCUCUCGGUGUGACUGGAUUAUAAAGCCUCCUUUUACACAUCAGUGAUUUCCAUCAGUGAUUGUGAGCCACAACUAGGAUUGGAGCCUCCACAGACGUAAGGGAAACAUCUGCACCUGUACUGUGUUUAGAGCCGCACCUGGUUUUGGCUCAAAAUCACUGAAGGAAAUAACUGACCGAACACUGACGUGUGAAUGAGGCAUUAAAUACAAGCUGCGAGGCGUGGACCUGCACGUUAUACUGAGUGCGUCGUGUGAAUGAGCCCUAUUUUUUUUUGUUCUUCCUUAUUUACAGUUCUGACCGGCCGUGCCUUUGUAUCAGUUUUUCCUUUGUAAUUGUAUAUAUCCUGAUUGUAUUGGUUUAGAACUGUA